GAGAAAUCGGUUCGAACGUUUGAACGGUUGAGGCGAUCAAAAAACGCGAACGUCCGACAGGAAGUCUCUUCAGUGUGUGCGCUCGGUGCAAAUUUUCCACGCCUCAACAACAACAAAAAAAACCGGCGCAGAGCUGGUCCCCUGGAGUUCGUGACGAACGGUACCGCGCGUGUUGAGUGUGUUGGUGCGAGCGCAGCCCUGUGUCUGUGAAGCAAGGACUCGUGGAGAAUUUUGCCUGCGUGAGAAAGAGAAAGGAAGAGAGAGCGCGCGCGCCAGUGAUAGCAGUGUGUGCACGUGCUCCGCGGUGUGAGAGAUCGUCCUGCCGUGAUUUGCUGUGAGUGCUAGGGGUGUGUGCGGAGAAUCGACCACCUGCAUCAAACCGCGCCAGGACAGGACAGGAAGUGCCAGAUCGCUUUCUCCCAGUCGCUCUUUGAUCCUUCCUGAAAGGGGCCACCCAUGGCCUUCCUGCGUACGGUUUCUCGUUGCAAUGGGCUGGUGCCUCGCAAGGUGACCAGUCCCUCGGCGUCCAGCGCCAUCGGUGGCCGGUGCUUAACGUACUCACGAUCGGAGCAGUUCCUGCGACAGUACGGCCAGGCGGCCGGUGCCCGCCUGCCCUGUGCCCUGCUGGCCGCUCUCAACCACCGACUGCACGCCCUGGAAGCUCACGUCCAUGGACCUGCGACCGCCGGUGCCGGAGCGCGGCGAUGGCGCUCGACUUCGGUGGCAGCGGCCACGCCGGCAGGAGUACGAGCCAGUGCGGCCCACCACCAGCAGCAGGACAACAACCCCUCCAGCAGCCCGCCGGCCCGUGACCCGCUGGAUGUCGGGUUCAACGACCCGAAUGCCGCGUUCAAGAGCAAAACUACCUUCGAGCUGAUCCGUGCGUACCUCGUGUACGUCCUGUGCUCGUCCGAGUUUCUGGUGGAGAACAACAUGAGGCUCAUGAAAGUGACGCAAGCCGUGCUCGGCGAAAAGCUCUUUACGUUGCUGAUGAAGUACACGUUCUACGGCCAUUUUGUGGCUGGCGAAGAUCAGGUCAAGAUAGUGCCGACGCUGGAAAGAUUGCGCUCGUUUGGCGUGAAACCCAUCCUUGACUAUUCGGUGGAGGAAGACUUGUCGCAGGAGGAGGCCGAAAAGCGUGAAGUCGAAGCUUCGCUGUCGUCCACGGGGACGAACCUGUCCGGCGAUGCCGAUUCGCUGCCGCAGUACAGCGUCGACAAAACGUUCGCCGAUCGGCGCUACAAGGUGCAGAGCGCUAGGACCUACUUCUAUCUCAAUGAGGCUACCUGCGAGCGCAACAUGGAAACGUUCCUCGAGUGUCUCGAUGCCGUCAAAGGCGCCACAUUCGGAACGGGCAUUACGGCCAUCAAAUUGACUGCCCUCGGUAGGCCACAGCUGCUACUUCAAGUCUCGGAAGUAAUUAUGCAGGCUCGCCGUUACAUGAUGGACCUGGCUGGUGGUACCGGAAACAUCCUGACACAUCACAAAACCAUCAAGGAUCUCGAGCGUUACCUCGGUAAUGUGGCUGACAAGAAGGAAGUGAAGGAGUUCCUCACGAAAGUCACUUCGGAUAACGACGGCAUUCUCCAUCUGUUCCCGUGGAGUGGCAUCAUUAACGAGGACUGUCAGCUGAGCGAAUCGUUCCGCGUGCCGGACCCGGUCACCGGACAGAUGCGUCGUUUGAUCUCAAAGAUUCCCCCCAAAGAGGAGGAGAUGUUCCGGAACAUGAUUCGACGCUUGAACACUAUCGUCAAGACUGCCCAAGAUUUGGACGUUCGUAUUAUGAUUGACGCCGAGCAGACGUAUUUCCAACCGGCCAUCUCGCGUAUCACGCUCGAAAUGAUGCGAAAGUACAACACGGAAAAGGCCAUCGUGUUCAACACGUACCAGUGCUACCUGAAGGAUACGUAUAAGGAGGUGUGCACUGAUCUUGAGCAAGCAAAGCGACAAAACUUUUACUUCGGUGCGAAGCUGGUGCGCGGUGCGUACAUCGAGCAGGAGCGGGCACGGGCUGCCGCCCUUGGGUACGAGGAUCCGACGAAUCCGUCGUUCGAGGCGACCACCGAGAUGUACCACAAGACGCUGACGGAGUGUCUAAGAAGAAUCAGGAUUCUCAAGGACGCUAAUAUGGAUCCGAAGAAGAUUGCCAUCAUGGUAGCAUCGCACAACGAGGACACGGUCCGGUUUGCCAUCGAGAAGAUGCAAGAGAUCGGAAUCCAUCCGGAGGAUAAGGUGAUCUGUUUCGGUCAAUUACUGGGCAUGUGUGACUACAUCACGUUCCCGCUGGGUCAAGCGGGCUACUCAGCCUACAAAUACAUCCCGUACGGUCCGGUCAACGAAGUGCUGCCCUACCUAUCGCGGCGAGCACAGGAAAACAAGGGCGUGUUGCAGAAAAUCAAAAAGGAAAAGCGUCUCCUGCUGUCUGAAAUCACCAAGCGGCUAGCGAAGGGUCAGCUGUUUUACAAACCGCAGGGCAAAUAUGUCCCCAUCUAAAGCGGCUCGAUCGAGCAGCAUCAACACACACAGACAAACACACAGUACUACUCCACUUUAGGCCGUAGGCGACAGAUCGUUACAACCCUCGUACCUCUCCUCUAAAACCUAUUCACCCUUCCUUCAUCUUGCGGAGGGUUGCGAUCGAACAGAAGCGAUCGUGCUUUGCGGGCAAACGAACCGAUCGGUCGGUGCCCCUCCGUCCUAGGACAACUCCGAAGAUUGCGCGCCAAGGCUAUUCAAAAUAGUGGCGGUUCUAGGAGAGGCUUCCCUUGUUUAACAAUUUGUACUGCCCCGGGUGCGCCUCGUUUCGUCGAUCGCUGAUCGCCUUGAGGAAUGUUUAGUUUGGCCCUAGUGGCAAACCAAACGAUGUUCGCUUUCCGUUGCUAGAGAGAAAGAGAGAGAGAGAGAGAGAGAGAGAGAGAGAGAGAGAGAGAGAGAAAGAGAAAGAGAGAGAGAGUAAAGAUGCUAUAGUUUAAAAUAUUACAAUUUGUGAUUUACGGUAGCAACGGCUUUUGGUUGGUGGCAGUUGCCAAUGCCAUCUUCGAAUCCCCCACCCAACACGGUAUUCCGGCUGGCCACCCCUGCUUCUUCAACACCGUUUCGCGCAAGACAUCUGUACCAUCGAACACCCAUGAAUCUGAGUUAGCUGUUUACGCAUUCAAAGAAGCUCCGAUGCGUGGUUAUUGAGGGUUGUGUGUAACGUCGAUUACUCUCAAACCAGUAUUGAGAUUUCCGUGUGUCCGCCUGUGCGAACGGAUGCACCUAGAAUCCGCCCCUAGAGUGAAUGUUAGUAUUAUGCUUAGAACGCGAACGUCACAAGGCAGGCAACCACUAGCCCACCCCCAACCGAGGGGGCGCAACGGCCUCGCGAUAAUGUGUCACAAGUGCGUGAAUCGACGGAGAAAGCCCGGAGAAGAAGAACACAAUACACACCUUACAAAAUGCUGACAAUAAAUCGACUAUGAAAUACGCGAGUAGAGCUGAACCGUAAGGUGGUGAGGAUCACGAUCCGGGGUUGGAUUGUUGAAGGCUUGUCAAAUUAAAUUUAAUUUAACGAACGCAUACGAGCAGGCUGAACCCCUGUGGCGGCAGACGCACGGUCGUGUGACGCACACGUCCUAUUUCCGUCGCUCACGCUCAUGGCGGGAGGCUGGCAGUCCUGAACGCAACGGCAGGACGAACGUCGAGCAGAACUAGGAAAAAUUUUAGGUGGAACGUUAAUAUAUCAUAUAUAAAUGUGUGAAUAAACAUAUAAACAAACGAAAACCACACGAAACCACAUACCGAGAGCAAAAAACAAACACACAAACGAAAGCGAACAGUUUCUUAAAGUUCUAAAUAAAUGUUUACACGUUCCCGGCGAACCCAGCCCAGCCCGGCGCCGGAGAGAUACUGAAACCCCCGAAUAAUGGAUUAUGGAAUGGUAAAAAAGGAGUACAGGAAACCAACCUAUGCUAGUGACGAUUAUUAUAGUGCGUGAAGCCCUGAACAGCUGAAGCCAUCAUGGCCACAAAGUUGAUGUGUUUUCGAACAUUUCGAUGUGAACCGAGGGGGAUUGGAUUGGGAUGAUGGCCGCGCGACGAUGUUGGCGCAAGUGUCCCGUUGGUAUUGAAAUUUCUCUGAUCGUAUGGGUGUGUAAAAAAUUCUGAAGCAAACAAUAAACGUAA